CCCGAGGCCCUCUGCCAGCUGAGUGCCCUCGAGAGCCUCAUGCUGGACGGCAACUGUCUGAGGGCCCUGCCCGCCGGCUUCAGCAGCCUGCAGCGGCUCAAGAUGCUCAACCUCUCCUCCAAUCUGCUGGGGGAGUUCCCCACUGCCAUCUUGGCGCUGCCCAGUCUGGAGGAGCUCUACCUGAGCCGCAACCAGCUCACCGUCCUGCCCCCUCACCUCUGCCAGCUCCGCCAGCUCCGCACCCUCUGGCUGGACAACAACCGCAUACGCUCCCCGCCUGACUCCAUAGGAUUCUCCCAGCUGGUCCUGCAAGGCAACCAGAUUGCCAUCCUGCCUGAGGGCUUUGGGCAGCUUUCCCGCGUCACCCUGUGGAAGAUCAAAGACAACCCCCUCAUCCAGCCUCCCUACGAGGUGUGCAUGAAAGGCAUCCCCUACAUUGCAGCCUACCAACAGGAGCUGGCCCACUCCCAGCCUGCCGUCAAACCCCGCCUCAAGCUGGUCCUCAUGGGCCUAAAGAAUGCGGGAAAGACCUUGCUGAGACGAUGCCUCAUGGAGGAGGAUGGGCAGAGGGAGGAUGUGCGAAGUCUGGAGGCAGGGAGCACCCAGCCCAGAGGGUGCCCUGGGCAGCAGCAGGACCUUGGGAGAGUGCCAGUUGGGUGUUGCCCCUUCUCAGAGCCUCAGGAUGCUUCCUCGGAGCGGGUACCUGCCAUGCAGCAGCUUGAACAUCUCCCCAUUGAGUGUCAGGACUUCCCUUCUCACGUGCCCUCUCACCGGGUGAAGGGAGAAACACCGUGUCCUGCACCAUCGCUACCACUGAAUGCCCCUCAAGUACCAUCAGGACUGGGACUGUCAGGAGGCAGCAAGGGCAUUGAGGUGAUGGACUGGACAGCGGACGCAGAGAGGGGCCUGACGUUCAUUGUGUAUGAGCUGGCGGGGGAUCCCAGCUAUGAUGUGAUCCAGUCUUUCUUCCUCUCUCCUGGAGCCCUCUACGUGCUGGUGGUGAAUUUGAGUGCCUACGUCCCUCAGCACUUCGACCCCUCCGUGGGCUAUUUCUUGCGCUGGCUUGGUUCCAAGGUGCCCCAUGCCGUGGUGUGCAUGGUGGGAACCCAUGCUGACCUCUGUGCGGAGCGGGAGUUGGAAGAGAAGUGCCUGGACAUCCAUCACCAGAUUGCUCAGCAGGAGAAGAGGGAUGCCGAGGGACUCCAGAGCUUGGUCCAGCAGGUGGAUGAGGCUCUGGGACAGGACUUUGACCUGCGCUGCUCCAGCCCGCAUGCUGCCUUUUAUGGGGUCUCGGACAAGAACUUGCGUCGAAAGAAAGCCCAGUUUCAGUACCUUCUCAACCACCGCCCACAGAUCCUCUCUCCAGUGCUGCCUUUCAGCUGCCGGGACCGUUGCCAGGUGCGUCGCCUGCGGGACAAGCUCCUCUCAGUGGCUGAGCACCGGGAUAUCUUCCCGAACCUGCACCGGGUGUUGCCCAAAUCCUGGCAGGUGUUGGAGGAGCUACACUUCCAGCCACAAGCUCAGCAGCUGUGGCUUAGCUGGUGGGACUCUGCCCGGUUGGGCUUGCAGGCAGGCCUGACGGAGGAUCGGCUCCAGAGCGCCCUGUCCUACCUGCACGAGAGUGGGAAGCUGCUCUACUUUGAGGAGCACCUCACCUUGCGGGAGUACGUGUUCCACAACCUGCCGCGGCUCAUUGACAUCCUCAACGUCUUCUGCCAGCGGGAUGCCACCGUGCUGCUCCAGAAACUGCUCAGCGACACCCACAUUGACGAACUGAGGGCCACUCAGCUCCAUCAUUAUGUGGAGGGCUUCUUGCUGCAUGGCCUACUCCCUGGCAACGUUAUCCGUCUCCUCCUUAAGCCCCACAUCCAGAGCCGGGAGGAUCUGCAGCUCAUCCUGGAGCUGCUGGAGAAGAUGGGGCUCUGUUACUGUGUCAACAAACCCAAAUGCAAGCCCCUAAAUGGGGCAGCCACUUGGUACAAAUUUCCCUGCUACGUGAAAAAUGAGGUGCCACACGCAGAGGCGUGGAUCAAUGGCGCCAAUCUGAGCGGACAGUCCUUCGUGGUCGAGCAGCUGCAAAUUGAAUAUAGCUUUCCAUUCAUUCUCCCACCCGGCUUGUUUGCACGCUACAGUGUCCAGAUUAACAGCCACGUGGUUCAGCGGUCAGAUGGCAAGUACCAGAUCUAUGCCUACCGGGGAAAGGUGCCCGUGGUGGUGAGCUACCGGCCUGCCAGGGGAGCUCUGCAGCCAGAUACUCUGUCUAUCGCUAGUCAUGCGUCCCUACCAAAUAUCUGGACAGCUUGGCAAGCCAUUACCCCUUUAGUGGAAGAACUGAAUGUCCUGCUCCAGGAAUGGCCGGGCCUGUACUACACUGUGCACGUCCUCUGUUCAAAGUGCCUUAAAAGAGGGUCACCCAACCCACACGCUUUUCCAG